AUGGUUUGGCGAUCAAAAACCAUGGCUGCAGGGCACCCCUUUGGGGUCAAGGCGUCUGGGCUAUGCAGCUUAGGCACAUUCACCUGGCUUUACAAAUUUUUGAGGACCUGGGACGAAGUGAUGCAUGACUUACAAAUUUCAAGGACCCGCUGUGAUUUCUUGAUUCCUACAAUGUCCCCGGAUGGAUCGUUUUCAGUCUUCGAACCUUUGGACUAUGCAGGGACCACAAAAAUUUUUCGGGAUAUGUUGCUGACCCCAUGGAAGGGUUGGCAGGGGCCACAUCCCCUGGACAAGCUUCAGAUGCAAUACACGCUUCAUUCAAUGAAAGCGACCUUGCUGAGUUUUGGCCCCCAACUCGGUUCUCUGGUCAGUGACUCAGAUCGUCUUUUGCAAGGACACCAUCAAGAUCCCAAACGUUCCUUGAAUUUGUAUGGUCGUGACAGCGUGUGGGGUUCAUUGCGUUAUCAACAGACAGUGAUUACAGAGGUUCAGAAGGGUUGGAGGCCCAAAACCGCCCAACACAGGGGUGGACAGUUUCCAAUGGUCGAGCCAACGGUAACGCUGGAGAGGUUUAAGAAGACAGCUCCAGAAUACAAUUUUGUGUGGUUGCCGUUUGCCCCACAAGUGGACCCCCAAGAGCUCCUGCAGGAGCAUCCAACAAGUGAUGAUGUGUCGGAAUCGGAAUCAGACACCAGCUCCAGCUCCAGUGACAGUGGAAGUUCUUCCGGGGAGAAACCUCCUCCUAGUGGCACGGCGAUUUCCAAAGAGGUGAUUGAAACUGAUGAAGCAGUUUAUGCAAAACAUCGUCGCGUUACUCAUGCCAUGGUCAUCUCAAAUGAUGGCAACCCCUCCAGACCUUUUCACUGUGACAACUACUGGAAGGCUGCAUGUGGUGCUCACAUGCUUCAUACGGAGACGACCUUUUUAGAUGAUUGGCAGGACGGUUUUGGGGUCAAUGCGGUACGAAAUUUGCUGGCAGUUCAUGACAUGGCAGUUGCAAUGUGUGGAGGUGCACACCUGGCCAAUUUAAAGGCUUACUCGGCCAAAUUUCUGGGCUUCUUGACGCAGAAGGUGGAUCCGGAAACGAUGUUGAGGUCUGUUGCAGCUCCGUCCACGUCCAGCCAAAGCCCAGUCCUCCUCUCAACCUUGGACUGCUCCUGCAUCGAAUAA